AGGCGAGAGCAGAGCCCUCGGAGAGGCAGCCAGAAUUUCUGCGUCUCUCAGCUUCCAAUGAGCACGGGUAGAUUUCUAACGUACAGUUGCCUCUCCACAGGCAUGGAGAAUCUAAAGGAGUACUUCCAUAGGAUGUGGAUGAGAUCCUACUUUUGGUUCAUCCUUGUCAUUGUCAUCCAGUUUAGUUUAUUGAUCAUUCAGUACUCACAAGCCCCACCAGAACUAGACAGGAAAUGUCCCGAAGACCAAGCAAAGCUGCAUCACAUCAUCUCCCAACUGGAGGCCAAGAACCUGUCUCUGAAGAAGCAGCUGGCUACGAUGGAAAAGGAGAAGCAGAUGGUCAAAAAGGUUAUGGACCAGACUCUGGAAAAGACUUUGCAACUUUUGGAAAAGUCGAAAGAAGAAUCAGAUGGCCUGAGCAAGCAACUGUCAGUUUCCAACCAGUCCCUUAUGGAAACCAGACACCUUCUGGAGAAGGCAAAGGAGGAAGUCCGAAGCUUGCACAGCCAACUGGAGAUAGCCAAGGAGGAGCUCCGAAAGACUCAGGAGCAGCGAGGUUCCUGGCAGAACCAGCUGGCUGAGAUAGCAUCCCUGAAGACACAACUGGCUAUGGUGGAAAAGGCCAAGGACAGGAUGGAAAAUGCCACCAGCCAGAACCUUGAAAAGACCAGGCAGCUUUUGGAGAAGGCAAAAAAGGACAAUCACGGGCUGCAGGAACAACUGGCCAUUUCCAACCGGACCAUUGCAGAAACCAAACCCCUUUUGGAAAAAGCAAAUAAAGACAUCAGAGGUCUGCAAACACAGCUGGAGGCCACUAGCCAGAACUACAAAGAGACCCAAGAGCAUCUGGAUUCCUGCCAGAACCAGCUGCACAAGUUGGAGGAAAAACUCAAGUCCCCAGAUAUUGAAACUAAAGAAAUACAAGAGUCCCGUGGUAAGUGAGAACCACAUGGCUGACCAUUCAUAAAGACA